AUGGCUUGUCUGAUUCCUCCUGUAAAGAAUCUAUACAUUUUUGAUUGGAUUACGGACACUGCCUUGUUCAGUACAAUGAGAAAUGCGAUGUUUGUCAAAGUCAAGAGGAGAUGGAAGUUUGCUAAACACAUGGAAACGAUGUACUCCCGCUGCAGAUUUCAACAUCAGCAGUUCGUGCUUCUUGGCCUUGUUGUCGCCUUCGGGGUUCGUCCUAGUCACAGAUCUUUCGUAGUAUUGGAAUUCGACGUUUGUAAAAAAUGAAAGUUAAGUCUGUAUUUUCAAACUGAAAUAAAUUGUUAAAAGAAGGCCUUUCUUUUCUUCAAAUUCCCCGUUUGGUUAUUCUAUCAACAGAAACUAGAAAAACAAUGACUGGA